GCGCGAGUAAUUGAGGGUUAAUAUUUACAUAGGUAUAUAUUUAUAUAUUUUUUCCAUCCUGUAAUAAUAUUUGUGAUUAUAAUGUAUGCAAUGGAUAACCGUGAAUAAAGUUCUAUUCUAUUCUAAUUUUCAGACAUGUCUGGGGUGAGUCUAGCAGGCGGGGGCACCGCGACGCCACUGGAGGUGAGUGAGUCGGGGGGGCGCGCCCUCAAACUGCACACCGACGCGCCGCACCUGGUCAGCAUGGGCGGCGACAGACUGAGCACCUCCGUCACUCUGCACCCCAUUCCGCAAGGUCGAGUAACAUUGGGCAGCCGUCCAGGGGUGGAUAUCCACGUGCAGGGCACGGGGGUGCUGCCCUUGCACUGCCACAUUGAGAACAGUGAGGGUGUGGUUACGAUCUACCCCCUAUCGGAGAACCUCUCAAUCGACGGCUCGAGGGUGACAGGGCCUACACGACUGUCCCAAGGUGUUAUGCUCACGAUCGGUCGGUCGAACUACAUGCGAUUCAACCAUCCGGCCGAAGCGAAGCUCAUCAAGUCCGUGCUGCCCAACCCGCGCAUCUCGAUGGCCCCCAUCAACUUCGAGCCGGACCACGUGCCGCCCUUUCAGCCGAAGCACAACAGGAAGCCGCCCGUGGCCCCACGAAGGAGUCCAAGGGAGUCGUUGUCGGAUAGCGGUGGGGAUGAACCGCCCUCCAGCAUAAUGACCAAGGUGUCCAAGUUCGAGUACCUAGCCGCCCAGAGCUACAAGCACUCGAUAUCGCCCAAGGUGUUCUCCUCCAACGUCGUCACAGUGAACACCCCCGUCAAGGACGUCAUAGGCAGGGCCCCUCCAGACCUGAAGAGCUUCACCAAGAACCUGCCGCAGAGCGCGCUGAACUACGCCGAGCUGAACCACAUCGACAAGCAGGUGAAGCCGCUGGGGCAGCAGUUCCUCACGAAGAAACCCCACCAGCACAGCCAGUACGUCAACGUGACCUUGAACGAGACCAAGAACAUCAACAACAGGGUGAUCAUCUUCGAGAACGGCUGCAUCGCCAAGACACAAAACGUCAACUUCGACCACAACGAGCUCAACAACAAAGUUUCCAGUGCCGGAAAGAAUAUAAAUGUUAGCAAGCUCAACUGCCCUUCUCCUAAUUUCAACAGGAACCCAGGGGGGUACUUAAGAAGUGUGACGCCGGGGCCUACUUCGAAUUUGUCGAGGGGGGAUGGAAGGAGAAGUGGGUCUCUUGGGGAGCUCACGGAGUUUGGAUUCGGCGAUGUUGGUGAGGAGAAAGGGCACAGGAAAUAUGAGGCUGAGCUGAAAAGGAAUCAGGCGCAGCAGGACAGGAUAAAAGAACAGGAGAUUGAAAAGGCUGAGCAACAGAGACUGGAGGAGAUUUUGAAUAUGUGUGCGGAGUAUGAGAAGCAGCAGAGCGAGAAGAAUAAACCUAUAACGCCCAAUAGGAUAAUAACGAACGGCUCGCUCCCUCGCGACAAGCGGGGCCCGUACGGCCCCCCCUCGCCCAGCUACAGCAGCACCCCGCCUCCCUCCCCUCUGGACGUGCUGCACAACGAGCUGCUGAAGCAAAACAACCACCAAAACUACGAAAACGUCAGCCCUUUCGCCUCACGUCGCGAGAACGUCAGCCCUGCUUCUUUACGUCACGAGAACGUCAGCCCUGCAAACGUCGAGUACAGGAGCUUGGAGCGGGGCAGUCCUUACGAGAACGUGUACGUGCAGCAUAAUCCGGCGGGGAAUUAUCCGCCGUCGCCUAGGACGAGGAUUAAGACGUUCGUCACUUCGAACAAGGAUAGUUCUCCGAAAGAUAACGCCGACCUUAUCGAAAGCAAAUACGCCAUCCUCGAAGCAGAGCAAAAACUUCUCCGGGAAGCCGAACAGAUACUCAGACAGAACCUGCACAACUCCAAAGAAUUCCCGCCCGACAUCGACAUCUUCGAGACUCCUCCGCCCAAAAUCGCCCAUACUGACUACAUCUAUCCGCUGGAAAACGUCUCGAAGGGCAGUCCAUCGCCGAUAGAAAACUACUCGAAGGACAGUUCGUCGUCCAUAGAACACAAAAAGAUAAACGGCGACCACGACAGUCCACACAGCAGCAGCCACUUUGACGAUGCUAAAGAAAGGAACGAAGACGAGAAGAAGAGGUUGGAGCAAUUGAGGAAGGAGAAGAAGGAGAUUUUGGCCGUCAUUUCGAGGAUAAAAAGGCAGAUGGCCGAGAUCGAGAUACAAGAAGAAGAGCUGCAUAGAGAGAUGGAACUAGAGAAAGCUCUGAUAUCCGGCGAACACCAAUCCAAGCUCCUCGACCUGGAAAAAGUCGAAGCCAGAAAGCACAAACUCCAAAAGCGCUCUCAAAGAAUAGAAGAGAGCAUGCGCGACUGCCAGAUGAAGCAAGAAGAAGACCAAAGAAUCUGCCGCACGAAACUCGAGCACGCGCAAGAAAACAUGGCGAGAGUGGAGGAAAAGUUCGCAAACACCGACAAGACCGGCCCCGAAUACGAACGCGUGUUCGAGGAGUACCUGCACGCCCAGGAGCAGCUCGACAACGAGAAGAAGGCCUUCGAGGACCUCGAAUUCCACCAUCUGGAGGAGGAGGCGGACUGGCUGGCCAGCAGGGAGGAGCUGCAGCGGGAGGUGCUCGAGCUGUCGAAGCGGAUCGAGUCGCUGCAGUCGCAGAUCGGGGAGCUGGAGCAGCAGAAGUCGGACACCUCGAAGACCAACAACAACGAGUUCAAGGCCAUCGAGAAGCACAAGGUGGAAUGCAUGAUGAGACUAGAAGAAAUACGCGAGCGACUGAAAAGCAUCGACAACGAACUGUCCACCUAUUCGAACGAGGAAUCCGAACAGGAUUUCUCCAGCGAUACAGACAGCGACAAAUCCAAGGAUAUCGAUAAGCAGCUGUCGAAUAUGUCGCUGCACAAAAUGACUGACCUCAGCUGCUCGAUGAUCGUCAGCAAUUCGAAGGUACCCGACGAAAACCUGUACAACAUGUCGCAAUCGUUCAACGAAAAGUUGUUCCAGGAGAAGUCGAUAUUGGAAGUUGGAAUCGAUAAAAAAUUCCCUAGUCAAGACGACAUAGAUAGAAUAAGCAAAGUCACCUUAGAUGCGCCUAUAAAUAUCGAUGAAGGUCACGGUUCGUUGGGCAGAAAAACUAUAGAAUCUCUCAAGGAAAUUGAAAGGAUACGACAUUUACAUCUAUGUCAACAAGGGUCACAAGUGAUAGAACAGGAAAGGCAAAGGGUGAAUGCUCUGAAACAGAGGGUUCAAGAAGAAGUUAAGAGUAAAUGGGCACAAAGAGUACAAGUCAAUUCUUCAGAGUCUGAGGAAACCAGAAACAGUGGAAUUGGAGAAGAACAGAAGGAUGAACCAAAACUAUUAUCAGAUGAGCAAGAUGUGAAGGAAUCGGCUCGUGAUGCUGAAGACACGGACUCCCCCAGGCCUUUAUCGGAGACCAGCGAGAUGAGCGUGGAGGUGGGAACCUUGAACAAGAAGCGGAAACAGGUCGGCGACAAGCAGCGACCUCUCACCAGAUACCUACCCAUCAGAGGGUCGGACCUCGAUCUGAGGCAGCAUAUCGAAUCGGCAGGUCAUCAAGUGGUCUUGUGUCCGCAUGUCAACAUAAACUCGAGCACAUGUCGAGGUUUCCUCCACAAGAAAGGUUCCAAAUUGAAUGGUUGGUCGAGAAGGUGGUUCGUCUUCGACAGAACCAAGCACACUUUCACUUAUUAUUCGGACAAGAGUGAAAAGAAGCCCCGUGGUGGGGCAUAUUUCCAGGCUAUAGAAGAGGUGUACCUGGACCACCUGAACAGCAUAAAAUCGCCAAAUCCUCAGCUGACGUUCAUAGUGAAAACCCACGAACGUCAUUACUAUUUGAUGGCCCCAUCGCCAGAAGCCAUGCGGAUUUGGGUCGAUGUGAUUUUCACAGGCGCCGAAGGCUACAGAGAAUUCGAACACGGGACUUGAUGUUUGCUUUAGCAUUGUUUCGGUGCUAAACUUUGGAGGUUCACUCUGUCAAUUGAGAAUAGCAGAUCUUGACUUUGAAUAUUUUUAUAUAAUCGAUUCUACUUUUUUAAUUGUUGAUCUUGUAAAUAAAUCUAAUGGAGUUGUUGUAUUGUGAUAGAUAUACCGUUAUCGGUAUACUAUCGGUUCAAAUGAAUAUGUGUCUUAUUUGAAGGUUACCAAUCGAUCCGACUGUUUUACUCUUUUCUAACUUUUGAGGAUGAUUUUUAUUAGAUGUGACUUCAAUCAUUGAAAUCAGUGCCUUUGAAAAGACUAUUAGCUAUACGAUUUUUGAAUAUUUUUGUAUAUCGUAAGACUGUGUACACCUAAAAUCCUAAUAUUAAUUAUUGUCUUUAACAAGUGAAGGAAGUAAAUAUUUAUAUGUAACAACUGAGUUUUAAUUUUUAAUUGU